CAGGAAAGUGAAAAAAGCACGAGCUCAGAGAGGCUGGUACCAGGCAUUCAGAAACUUCAAAUUCCAGAUGAAAGUUAUCUUCCAUCCUCCGAGACUGCAAGCACAACAUCAUCUAGUGGAGAGGAUGCAAAAUAUCAGCUUCAAAAAGCCAAGCUGAAUGCUUGUUUAGAACAAUGUAAUGUCGAACCUCUUGUCAGACAUUGGAAAGACUGGAGCAAAGCAAACGAACGUACAGAAGAACGAUAUGUUAGGCGUCCAUCUGAGAUAGUCAAGUCGGUUUUGUCUGUUGUAUACCCCGAAAACUACGUCCACUUGUGGAAGGAGAUAAAAGUAUCCUCUGCAAUGGAUAAGCUGAUGGGUACCGAUUCUUUGCAGCUUUCUUCCCACAGCAGCUACCUUGAAGCCUUCUCUGAGGCAUAUAAGAAUGCAGCCAGUUUGGACACCUGCCGGCAAGUCUUGUCGAUCAUGACUGGGGUGGCGAGUUAUAGAGAUAUCUCAAGGUGCAUACCUGGGCUCACCCAACACAGGUACACCAUUGCCAAUCUUCACCGUCUUCAGCAUGGACGAGCAGCUCCGCUGCCAAUGCCGCAGCUAAAAAUUGACAGGAAGCAGCUAGAUCACUUUCUCGCUUACAUCACCAGCCCUCAUUUAGUGCAGGACCUGCCAUCCGGGGAGAAGACACUCAAACUAUCAUCUGGUCGAGUCUUGCAAGUUCCGAACGUCAUUAGAAUGAUGAUACCUCAGCGUAUUACACAGCAGUACAUACAGUACUGCUCAGAGAUUGGUUUUCAACCAUUUAGUGAGCGGACAAUGUUUCGUAUCUUAUCAGAAUGCGGUGCGUCGGUGCGGAAGUCCCUUCAGGGAUUCGAUUACAUUGCAGCUGAAGGCACAAAGGCAUUUGAUAACCUGUCCGACCUCAUUAAACAGACCUGUAAUUAUGGUGACUCGGAUACAGUAUUACAGGAGAAUCUAAAAGCUGGAAAGUUAUACCUUAAAAGCGACUUCAAGGUAAUAAAUGUUGGUAACUGA